CUCGCAGAACCCAGCUAUCUCUGCAACUCCGACUCAGACUGUGCAAGAGGGAUAAUAGAACGUACAGGACAUGGUAAAGUCCUGACGGCAUGGCAGUGUGGUAGUGUGACAGUCCCACUCACUUACUCAGUGUUUCUCAACCUCUGGUCUGUGGACCAGCGCUGGUUCAUGGCACAUUGCUGGCCGGUCCUGGCCGGUCCCUGAGAUGGUUAACUAAUAUAGUCAGUUCUACAGUGCUAGUUUUUUUUGUUGAGCAAGUGGUCCCCCAAAGGAGAAAGAAUGCUGUCACUUUCUGAGGGAGAGUAUUUACAAGGUGCUGUGGUACUGACAAAGCAGCCUCUUAUUUCAGCUAAUAUACAGUAAACUCUGUUAGCAUCACAACCCUGGCUAAACACAGAGCCACUAAGAUAAACAUUUUGACUAGUCAGGAAUUUCCCUGCCCAAAGUCAUGCAUGACGAAAAAGUAAGCUUGAUUACAGAUCAACAACUUUCCAUGUUCUUAGCAACAUGGCGCAGGGUGGUUGAGCUCUUUGGCUCAUCAUUCUAUUAAAGUAUGUAAACAGAGUCCCCACACACAUAUUAUGCAUACAUGCACACAACCAUUGAGUCACAGACAAAUGCAAUAGACACAAGCCAUAAGCACAGUCAGAGACAUAGGCAGGCAGAUUAUCAGACAAACAGGGAGUAGUAGGAGCAAAUCUAAUAAGCCUAUACAGUAGAAUUAUAAACCGAUAUAACGUAGGAAGUUGAAAGGGUUGGCUGUGUAAUUUGUAACGGCCCCAAUAUGUCCAUGGUUAUAUUCAAAUCCUUUCAACCUCUCAGAACCACAUCAGCUUCAAGGUUUUUCAUGCAGAAGGAAAUUAUAUUUAUAAGAUCAGAGAGAUAUGGAAGAGAUAUCUCAGCACUCUCUUUUGCUCACUUAACAGUUUCCCUUGGUAUUCUGAAUUGAGAUACAUUUUAGAUUUUAAGAAGUAGAGAGAAAAAAAAGUUUGGAUAAGUGGAGCAUCGAAACAAUCAUUUCUAUUUCUGUGAAGUGGACGCCAUUGCAUCCUCAUCUGUGGGCUCAUACUCAUGCAUACUCCAUGUUGAAAAGCUAUAUCCCUCAUGUGUCUUUUCUCCAUGUCUAUGUCUCGCUGCCCCCCUCCAUCCCCCACCCCAAGGACAUAUGACGGGGAAGUGUGUGGGGAACACAACCAAGACGUGUGAGGUUGUAGCCUGGUGCCCUGUGGAAGAUGACCGCGUCAUCCCAGAGUAUGUAGGAUCACUGAAAAUGAUGUUAACACUUUACAUAAAGCCUGUAGCUAUAAUAUUGUAUUACUUGUUAUAGAUUCUAUGUACUGAAUGGUACUUUGAACUGAACCAAGUGAAUUGUACAGUGCUGUGAAAAAGUAUUUGCCCCCUUUCUAAUUUUCUCUACUUUUGCAUAUUUGUGAUACUGAAUGUUAUCAGAUCUUCAACCAAAACCUAAUAUUAGAUAAAGGGAACAUAAGUGAACAAAUAACACAACAAUUACAUAUUUAUUUCAUUUAUUUCAUAAACAAAGUUAUGCAACACCCAAUUCCCCUGUGUGAAAAAGUAAUUGCCCCCUUACACUCAAUAACUGGUUGUGCCACCUUUAGCUGCAAUGACUCCAACCAAAUGCUUCCUGUAGUUGUUGAUCAGUCUCUCAUGUCGCUGUGGAGGAAUUUUGGCCCACUCUUCCAUGCAGAACUGCUUUAACUCAGUGACGUGUGGGUUUUCAAGCAUGAACUGCUCGUUUCAAGUCCUGCCACAACAUCUCAAUUGGGAUUAGGUCUGGACUUUGACUAGGCCAUUCCAAAACUUCCAAUUUGUUGCUUUUUAGCAAUUUUCAUGUAGACUUGAUUGUGUGUUUUGGAUCAUUGUCUUGCUGCAUGACCCAGCUGCGCUUCAGCUUCAGCUCACAGACGGAUGGUCUGACAUUCUCCUGUAGAAUUCUCUGAUACAGAGCAGAAUUCAUGGUUCCUUCUAUUAAGGCAAGUCGUCCAGGUCCUGAGGCAGCAAUAUGUAAUUGUUGUGUUAUUUGUUCACUUAUGUUCCCUUUAUCUAAUAUUAGGUUUUGGUUGAAGAUCUGAUAACAUUCAGUAUCACAAAUAUGCAAAAGUAGAGAAAAUUAGAAAGGGGGCAAAUACUUUUCACAGCACUGUAAGCUAUUUCAUGAAAGGAAAAUGGUCUCCAUCCAUUUUUUAUGAUGACCUCUCUGUAUGUUUAUGUGUGUUUGAUGUGUUUAUGCUUUGUUUGUCUUCAUUUUCUAUGUUCUACUGUUUUCCGUGCAGUCCCGCACUCUUGAUGUCGGCAGAGAACUACACACUGUUCAUCAAAAACUCUGUCACCUUUGCAGCAUAUGGUGUUAAGAGGUGAGUGACCCCUUUUUGAUACUGUGUAUAUAUUUUCAUAAACUUCUAUUAGUAUGAGGAAAGUAACUAUGGUCUAGUCUGUUACACUCAUAAAAGCAUUAAAAAGUUGGUUCUUCUCCUGAGAUAUUUAAUAUUUGCACAUGAUGCAGGUGGUGUCUGUUCUCUCAUCCUACAUGAUCCUGCCUUACAAUAUACAGCCCAAUUACCAUAGCAACAACAUAAAGACGGUUCUCCCGUUUUGCUCCCCUGAGAGUUGCUGAGGUCAGGAGCUCAGAUCAGAGCAGGAGCAGGGCAUAACUCUCCUAGGACCACGAGAGGCAAGUGAACAUGAGAAGAGCCAGACUCUCUAUAGGUUAAUAUCAUAUAGGCAUUUCCAUCAAAAAGGACCAUCCUGCAUCCCACUGCUGGCUUGCCUCUGAAGCUAUUGUAUUUUCGAUCUUAUUUAACCUUUAUGUAACUAGGCAAGUCAGUUAAGAACAAAUUCUUAUUUACAAUGACGGCCUACCCAGCUAAGCUGGGUUGGUCCUGGUCAGUCCCUGGAUGGGAGACCAGAUGCUGCUGGAGGUGAUGUUGGAGGGCCAGUAGGAGGCACUCUUUCCUCUGGUUCCAAAAUAAUAUCCCAACGCCCCAGGGCAGUGAUUGGGGACAUUGCCCUGUGUAAGGUACUGUCUUUCGGAUGGGAUGUUAAAUGGGUGUCCUGACUCUCUGUGGUCACCAAAGAUCCCAUGGCACUUAUUGUAAGAGUAGGGGUGUUAACCCCGGUUUCCUAGAUAAAUUCCUAAUCAUCCCCAGCUUUUAAUUGGCUCAUUCAUCCUCCUCUUCCUGUAACUAUUCUCCAGGUUGUUGCUGUAAAUUAAAAUGUGUUGUCAGUCAACUUUCCUGGUAAAAUAAGGAUUAAAAAAUGUGCACAAACAUGUGAAGUUCAUAGGGGCAUAUAAAAUUGGGUGUCAAAUGAAAGCUAAGAGACUAUAUUUUGGGGAUAUGAAGGCAUAGAUACAUUUUGGAAAAAGGGUCUUAGAAAACAUAUACCAGAAAAAAAGCCUUAAAAGGUAUCAGAAAUACAUCAAAACACAAUAAUGUUGAUGUAAAGAUUCCUGCCAACUAAUAUCAACACAUAUUUCGUUUGGGAGAAAUUGUUUACCUUCUGUAAGUUUAAGAAAUAUUACCCUGUGCCUUGUAAUUCCGUUACCGAAAUCAUAAUAGUCACAAACCACAGUUGGGCCACCUGCUACUUUCCUCCCUUCAGCUGGCAUACUGUUAUGUUCAGCUUAUAACUGUUUUAUUUCUCUUUCUGUUGUCUGGUGGUCAAACCAAGAGUGUUAAAACAGUCUGAGUCUGGACAACGCCUCCCUCUCUGCCCUUUUCUCUCACUCUCCAGUUAAUGUCACCUCUGCCAGCUCUUACUGACACCUACCCAUGAGCCCCCUGUAACCAACAUCCUCACCCACUGAGCACCGACCAACACUGGACGUCCAUGGACGUUGAAAAGUAGUUGAAAUUUGGUCAGUCCACCCUGGCCUUGAUGUUAAUGUCCACAGACGGACCGGACUGGACCAAAUCUGAAGCUAUCAUAGAUGUAUGUUUCACAAGAUUGGAUAGUACAAUACAGUGAGUAGGCACAGUAGAGUACAGUACGAUACAAUACAGUACAGUACAGUACAGUAAAGAAAAGUAGAGUAUAGUACAGUACAGUAGAGUACAGUAUAUUGUACUGUACUCUACUGUACUGAACUAUACUCUACUUUACUGUACUGAACUCUAAUAAUAUAAUAAUAAUAAUAUGCCAUUUAGCUGACGCUUUUAUCCAAAGCGACUUACAGUCAUGCGUGCAUACAUUUUUUUUGUGUAUGGGUGGUCCCGGGGAUCGAACCCACUACCAUGGCGUUACAAGCGCCGUGCUCUACCAGCUGAGCUACAGAGGACCACUCUACCAGCUGAGCUACAGAGGACCAUACUCUACUGUACUGUACUCUACUGUACUCUACUCUGCUGUGGUGUACUGUACUGCACUCCAAUGUUCUCUGCUGUGCUGCGCUGUGAUGUCCAAACUUGUGAAACAUGAGGAGAAUGACAUUCAUAUCCAUAAUUAGGCAUUUCUACGUAGUACAGAUCAAGGACCCAUGAUGUAAUUAUGUUACCGUAAUUCUAUUUCCGGGUGUAAAUCCACUUUACUUACUGUAGUUCAAUAACCAAAAUAGAUGUAUUCAAACUCAAGGUGCCAUGUCACAGCUGACACGCCAUUCUUUCUGCAGACAUCUUUGAAUCGUAAUUUGGAGCAGAUAUUUAACAGAGUUUGUGGAAAACGUGGUCACAUAAAAACCUGAGGGCGAUUUUACCGUAAUUCCGUUACAAAAGUUUGCCUCUGCACAGUUCUUCCACUAAAUUAGUUUUUGUACAUUUUCAGUGUACAUUUUUAAAAGUAGUCCUUGUGCAUAGAGUUGUAUGGUUUGUUAAACUUUGAAAUCAAUGGUUUUUAUUUGGCAUACAUUUUAAAGUACUGUGGAAUAGCCCAUACAGAGAUGUACACUAGGCUUUCCGCUGAGUUUAGCUUUCUGAAGAUACACUACAUGGCCAAAACAUCUCAUUCCAAAAUCAUGGGCAUUAAUAUGGAGUUGGUCCCCCCUUUGCAAUUCUGGGAAGGCUUUCCACUAGAUGUUUGAACAUUGCUUUGGGGACUUGCUUCCAUUCAGCCACAAGAGCAUUAGUGAGGUCGGGCACUGAUGUUGGGAAAUUAGGCAUGGCUCGCAGUCGGCGUUCCAAUUCAUCCUAAAGGUGUAUGAUGGGGUUGAGGUCAGGGCUCUGUGCAGGCAAGUUCUUCCACACCGACCUCGACAAACCAUUUCUGUAUGGACCUCGCUUUGUGCAUGGUGACCUUCCCCCAAACUGUUGCUACAAAGUUGGAAGGACAGAAUCGUCUAGAAUGUAAUUGUAUGCUGUAGUGUUAAGAUUUCCCUUCACUGGAACUAAGCGGCCUAGCCCGAACCAUGUAAAACAGCCCCAGACCAUUAUUGACGAACUGACUUGUUGGAAAGGUGUCAUCCUAUGACAGUGCCAUGUUGAAAGUCACUGAGUGCUUCAGUAAGGCCAUUCUACUGCCAAUGUUUGUCUAUGGAGAUUGCAUGGCUGUGUGCUCGAUUUUAUACACCUGUCAGCAACAGGUGUGGCUGAAAUAGCCGAAUCCACUAAUUUGAAGGGGUGUCCACAUACUUUUGUAUAUAUAGUGUACUGUAAAUGAUCAGGAUAGUAAUGGCCUGUUGAAAACACAUGCGACACAACCACAGAUGAAUAAUGCUACUUUAGAGAUAAUGCCCGAGAAGCCAGUGUUUGGAGGAUAUAUUGGCAUGGGUGUUGUUAGGCCCUCGACUUCAUCUCGGGCCGGCAAACCGUGUCAAUAUAUCCUCGAAACACUGGCUUCGAGGGUAUUAUCACUUUUAUACAACGGGUUCCCAACAUAUUCAAAUAAUGACUUACAUAUUUUAAUUAAAAACUUUAUUUUGAUGAAUUUAGUCAUACUAUUUCAUCCUUCCACAAGAUAUAGUCCCGAAAACAAAUCUAGGGUUACUACCCAAGUCUAUCGUUCAGUUGCCAGAGACGCGGCCCAGUCGUUAAUUUUUUUUGUUCUGUAUCUAUGCAACGUUGUUAUCCCUUGCUUGCUAGUUAGCCAACUACGGUUAACUUACAGUCAUGUCUAAGAAUAACAAUAAAGUAGCUGCAUUUGCAUUUGUUUAAGCUGUUUUCUAGUGACAAUUUACAGUAUUUGGAUACAUACAUAACAAUGAGCUAAUGAUUUCACCUGGCAUUGAAAAUGCGCUCUCUCAUCAGGACACUGUUGUUCAGAGGAGCUAGCCAACAAUAAAGCUAACGCAAUCACUUCAAACUGAAGCUGGAAAGACUGCAAACUAGCUGCACUCAUUUAGUUUUACCUGUUUUCUAUUGAGAUUUCUUUGUAUAUAUCCAUAAAAAUGCUGGGUCAUGAUUUUGACUGCCUGAGAAACGCUGCCUGCCUGUCUGUCUCAUCCCGACUCCCGACAUGUUCAUUACUAUGGGACAGCAGAGAUUGAAUUACAAUACUGAAACAAUGUUGCAGAGUCAGAGAGUCAGACAGCAAGGUUUAUACAAAUCUCCGCUAUUGAAAACCAAUUGCUAGUCUAAAAGAAAUGGGAGAUAAUGUCUAGAUGCUUUUUACAGUGGAGAUCAAGUUUAUAAAUUCUCUGACUGGGCUGAUGAGACAGUGGAUUUCGCAGUGAGUUGGAACAGAGUAAAUAGGCAUUUCAACGUCAUAGCUUUAGCGGGUGGUAACUUGUGGUACAGACGCCUGCUGGAAUGUGGUUUUAACCAAUCAGCGUCAAGGAUUAGACUCACCCCGUUGUAUAAAUGUAUUACAUCACACAUAUAUUGUGUAUGUAAUGCAUUGAAUAUGGAUGACGAUGGUAUGUGACAGCUAAUGCAUAAGUAGUGAUAGGAGUUAUAUAAUUUGGAGGCGAAAGAAACGCACACCUGUUUAGGCGAGGUGCUGGCUUACGGAGUAGAACACUUGAAAAAGAAAAGGAGAGUCUCACACUCUAGGAGCUCAGAUGCAAUAAUUUAAUAACCUAAUAACCAACGUUUCGACAGACAAGCUGUCUUCAUCAGGGUAUAAUGACAAACACUGCGGGUCACUAGUUUAUAUAGUGUCGAAGGACACUAUUAGGUUAUAAAAUUAUUGCAUCUGAGCUCCUAGAGUGUGAGGCUCUCCUUUUCUUUUCCCGGAGUUAUAUAAUUACCAGAUCCAUUAAUGCUUAGGCAAGUAGUAUCCCAAAUGUGAUAUUGAUUCAAAUAUCUAUGUAGUUAAAUAACCAGUACAGUAAGAUAUAAACUUGCCAUCUUUUUAACAAUGAUCUCUUCCCCAUUCCCUUCCCAGGAGUAACCUCGUAGAAGGUAUCGACAAUCAGUACAUCAAGAGUUGUGUGUAUGACCCGAAGACGUCCCCACUGUGUCCCAUUUUCAGACUGGGUGACUUGGUACAGAUGUCUGGCUUCAACUUCUCCACCAUAGCCAGAGUGGUGAGCAAUAUGUUCUUAUAUUUAUGAGUGAAGGAGGUUUACAAGUACCUGUCAAUCCGUGGAUGGCUGUGUGUUCGGUGUUGGUGAUCGUGGUGUUGGUGUUUAUUGUGGAGACAUUGAUCGAUGGUGGUGUUAUUAGUAACGAGGUAUGCUCUGACGAAGGUCAUUACCGAGGGAAAGAUUAGUAAAAACACAGAAAUUACUUCUGAUUUAAGUGUCUGGAGACUCCUUUUUCACUUUGGUGUUAUUGGUACCUCAACUGAUUGGCAAUGUUGAUGGUAUGGUACUGUGUUGUUUGGGGUUAGUUGUACCCUCAUUGACUGGAUGUAUUGUAUUGAUUGUUAUGUGACAGGGCGGGGCUAUUGGUAUCGUCAUUGACUGGACCUGUAACCUGGACUAUGACCAGUCAGAGUGUAAACCGAUCUACUCCUUCCACGGUCUCUAUGGAAAUCCCAAAGAGACAGACAUGGCUAGAACAUCUGUUGGAUACAACUUCCGGUAAAUAAAACAUCUGUGGCCUGUGCGGCCUUGUGGUUAGUGCAGCACAACUGUAUACCAUAUUCGGCGUGGGUUUGAAUCAUACUCACUGCCUUUCUGACUCGCAAUCUCUCCUACAUUUCCUGUCUCAUCUUCACAGUCCUAUCUCAAUAAAUCAUAAAAAAAACAUCUGCAACAAUACUGAAGUAUUUAUUGACCAUUCUGGUAAGGGCCCCUUUCUUAUUGUAAAUCGAAAAGCCUGCUCUGAAUUUUGAAUAAGUGAAAGAAAACACUUAGAAAGGGGUCUUGUUAGCCAUGCGACUAAGAAGAGUACGCAGUAUACGACUAAGAAGAGUACACUGUAUUCAUUAUACAGCGUACUCUUAGUUGCAUGGCUAGGGUCAUGUAGAAGGCAGAAGAGAGAGACAUACAGAUCUGAUUAAAGCACAAGCCUAGAGGCUGAAAAGUUUGUUUACAUUUUGUGCUUUAGGUAUGCAAAGCAUUAUAUGGAGGACAAACAGGAUAAAAGAACACUUCUGAAAGUGUUUGGGAUUCGAUUUGACAUCAUUGUUCGUUCAGUGGUAAGUUCAUGAAGUUCAUGAUUGCUAUCCUUGUAAUGUUCCAGCCAGUGUUUCUGAAUUCCUCCCUUGCAACGGUAGAUGAAAACGAUGAAAAUUGUUGUUCGUAUUGUUAUUUCCCAGGCCAGAAAAUUUGAUAUCAUUCCAACACUAACAGCUAUAGGCUCUGGCGUUGGAAUCUUUGGAGUGGUGAGUCUUGCAAUACUACACAUCCUAUCUGAUAAUUCAAAGCAUACAGAAUCUCAAGUAGCCUACUGUAUAUCUCUUACACAGCUUGUAUCGUGUAGACUAAACAAAUAUCUUUGACUAUUAAAUCAUGUGACAGAGGUAGUUAUGAUCACAUAAUUAAAUGUACACUGAGUGUACAAAACAUUAGGAACACCUUCCUAUUGUUGAGUUGCAUCCCCAUUUGCCUUCAGAACAGCCUCAAUUCGCCGUCUGAACGGCACACAUACACAAUCCAUGUCUCAAUUGUCUCAAGGCAUAACAUUAUUAUUUAACCUGUCUUCUCCCCUUCAUCAACACUGAUUGAAGUGCAUUUAAUAAGGGAUCAUAGCUUUCACCUGGAUUCACCUGGUCAUUCUAUGUAAUGGAAAGAGCAGGUGUUCCUAAUGUUUUGUACACUCAGUGUAUAUUGUAUCUCUAUGGUUAUGAUACUAAUAAUUGUGUUGUGUUUCCGAAGGCGACUGUAGUAUGUGAUCUGAUCCUUCUGUAUCUGCUACCAAAGAGGGAGUUCUACAACAACAUGAAAUUCAAGGUCACAGAAACAGUAGAGCAGGUGAGUUUGCGUUUCUAACUAUUGUGCAACGUUGAUCCUCAGUCAUUCAGUUUAAACACAAGAUGGCAGCAUAGAUGCAUUCUAUAAAUAGUUGUAUAGAAAACUAGGCAGACAGACCCUCAACAGUAUACAUAGUAAUUUACCCAACAGUUCAUGUGUUUUCUCUAAGAAAUACAUGGUGUAAUUGUCUCCUUCUUUGGGAAGGCUACUAGGUCCCACUUUACUUGCAUAGUCCCUAAGAGAUUAUCUGUACAUGCUCAAACUAUCAGCAAACUAUGGGAGAAUCUCAAUUGGAUUGGCUCGAUUACUUGCGUCCUCUCCUCCGUGGAAACAAAUGUGCUUGUAUAAUAUGAGGCUCUCUUUCUCCACUAGCGUGUCAUCAGGCAAAUAAUGUUUACAGAGGAGAAAUCGUUCUUCAAUUGUGGUGGCAUUUGCAUCCGUCUCCUUUUUGUGGCCAUCUGUGGCCUCCAUUUAAGAAAAUCCUCAAUUACCAAAAAUGUGUCAUUGCUGCAUUGCUGAUGACAAUUUUUGUCCGCUCAUACAGGAGUUAUAAAGGCCGUGUGCACAAAUGUUGUAAAAAAGAUAUAAUAAUUGUAAAAAAAUAAUAAAAAAUGGUUUAUUUACUUUUGUUUUUAAUUCAGAUUUAUCAGGGGGUGCUGCAGCACCCUCAGCACCCCUACUUCCCUCGGUUAAGAAUUGGUGUAACCAUCAUUGGUGUUACUUCACCUACUGGUGGCACAAUGUCAUCAUAAUGGUAAACCAUAUUUAAAGUAAUUUAGCUGCCAUAUUAGAUGAUUUAGAAUCUAAAAUAAAUUAUCCAAAAUGCCAUGCCCAAAUGCCACCGCAAUUCAAGAACGACCAAUGUGUAUGGUGGUAAAAUGAAAUGUAAUGAGUUGUGAUAGACAUUCUAUAGAUAAAAAGAUAUGCUGAUAUACAGUGUAGACAUUGUUAAUGUUGUAAAUGGCUAUUGUACCUGGAAGCGGCUGAUUUUUUAUGUAAUAUCUACAUAGGCGUACAGAGGCCCAUUAUCAGCAACCAUCAGUCCUGUGUUCCAAUGGCACGUUGUGUUUGCUAAUCCAAGUUUAUCAUUUUAAAAGGCUAAUUGAUCAUUAGAAAACCAUUUUGCAAUUAUGUUAGCACAGCUGAAAACUGUUGUGCUGAUUAAAGAAGCAAUAAAACGGGCCUUCUUGAGACUAGUUGAGUAUCUGGAGCAUCAGCAAUUGUGGGUUCGAUUACAGGCUCAAAAUGGCCAGAAACAAAUAACUUCCUUCUGAAACUCGUCAGUCUAUUCUUGUUCUGAGAAAUGAAGGCUAUUCCACGUGAGAAAUUGCCAAGAAACUGAAGAUCUUGUACAACGUUGUGUACUACUCCCUAACCAGAAUAGAACGAGUGGGAGGCCCUGGUGCACAACUGAGCAAGAGGACAAAUACAUAGAGUGUUUAGUUUGAGAAACAGACGCCUCACAGGUCCUCAACUGGCAGCUUCAUUAAAUAGCACCCGCAAAACACCAGUCUCAACAUCAACAGUGAAGAGGCGACUCCGAGAUGCUGACCUUCUAGGCAGAGUUGCAAAGAAAAAUCCAUAUCUCAGACUGGCCAAUAAAAAGAAAAGAUUAAGAAGGGCAGUCUGAGAUAUGGCUUUUUCUUUGCAACUCUGCCUAGGAGAUCAGCAUCCCGGAGUCGCCUCUUCACUGUGUGGUAUUGUUGUUGUGACAUUAAUUGCCAUUGCCUUGCACGCCGAAGGGCUCAUACUUCUCCUUCAUCCGGCAAUAAACAUGUCAAUUUAAGUUUAUUUACCCGAGUGCUGUCCUAUUUCUGUUUUUUGGAUUAUACACACACACACACACACACACACACACACACACACACACACACACACACACACACACACACACGAGGAUCCAGCACCCAAUUUAAGUUUAUAUAAGGUGGAGGCGAGCACAUUGUUUAUCUUUUCAUAUUGUAUGAUGGCCUAAACCGUGUGCAAUUGGCAGCUAAAGGAUUUAGAGCAGAAUGCAGAGAGAGGCCUAUAUACCAAUGCAAGUAACUUCUACUGGCAACUAGAUAGAAAUAGACUACAAAAGUCAACAUAUAAAAACAUUGCAAUAUCCUGAUAAAAAUAAAGAACUAAAGAAAAAUCACAUUCAUCUCUCUACUCCGACUGUCUGCAAUGAACUUGAAACAUUGUAUCAACUAGGCCCUCAGUUUCCAUGCUAGUGAGCUCCGGACAGAUAAUGGAUAAGAAGUAACCAGAUAUUUUAUGACAUUUCCACUGGAUCAGAGAAUAACAUUUUUCCCCUUUCACGCCGAGGCUCGGUGGUUAUCGAAAGGGAGAGAGCGGGAAAGACCUGUUCUCCGAUUAGCACCUGUCUUCAUACUUGAUGCUAAAGCGGCACACCCUCUUUUUGACAUUUUGAGUAGUGAGUCACUGUUGGAAGUAGUCGACCUCUAUCCCUUCCUGUGGGGCGUCAUUAUCUCAAGUGGUUUCCUGUCCUUAGUCUGCACAAAUUGUUAAGAAAAUCCUAGUAUGUGUCCGUCAUUUCCUUUCACUAAUCCUGUGUUUAUAGCUGAGUGCACAGGAGAGGAAAGGAGACAAGAGAAGAGGAGGCCACAGAGAUAACAACUGUAGUAGAGAGGUGUGACUGUACCUUGUCGAAGAGGGGCUGGUAGAGGCCAGCGUACCUCCUCUCCAGCUCGUGGACUUCCUCAUAGAACUUUGCCUCUAUGUGGGCACAUUGCACCUGUAGCCUCUUCAGGGCGUAGACUCGCCUCUUCACAGCCUUGGGGAGCAGGCUGGGGAAGAGCGGGACAGGCAUUAUCAUGCACACACAUCACAAAAUGGUGUCCCUAUUCAAUAUAAAACUCAGCCUGCGUCCCAAUUCUUGAUCCUUUCUCCAAAGUCUGCAAUUAUGCACUUAUCCCCAUAAAUGUAAAAGCAUUGGAUAACUGUAAUCAUGGGCUAAAGAGGGAACCGUAAUCAGUUCUUUCAUUUUAAAUCCAUGUAGCAAAGUGAACAAGAGCACACUUCAGGAGAAUUGGGACAUAGGGUUUCCAAGAUGAGUCCUAAACCUUGUUCUUCCUGUGCAGGCAGACAGUGUUGCAGGCCCAGUGCAGAUUGAGUGAAAAUACAACAUUCCGGAAUCCAGAGGCAUGCGCGUCUGAAAUAAGUAUAGUAGCAUGAAUCUAUGAGGGCAAUUCCGUGGGAAAGUCAAUCUGAGCAUGGAAAAUAAAGUUAGUCAUUUGCAAAUGAAACCACUUCAUAAUUAUCUUUGAGGUCUAAAUGUUGGAUUGCAGGCUUUAUUUGACCAGUUAAAAUAGAAAAUUGCAUGAAUUUAGGCCGUUACAGAGUAUGAGGCCAGGCGCCGUAUCAACAAAGUCUCUCAGAGAAGAAAAUUGGUUGUAAGUACUGAGAAUAGACAUUUUCCUAUUAUUCUUAGGGGUAAAAAUCAAAAGCUAUGCAUGAAGCCUCUUUAGUCAUACGAGUCCUACCUAGUCAACAGAUAUUUAGGAGACCUCAUGAGCUGUCCUAACCAGUUAAGCGUUGCCAGCAGGUGUCUUGAUAAUCCUUUUUUUUUUAAGGCAGCGAGUCAGCGGUUUCUGCGCCAUACAGCCAAUUAAUUGCUUUGGAGAUGUUGAAAUACUUUAUUUCUGAGGCAAUGAUCAAUCCAUAAAUAAAACUAUUUAAGAGGCCUACCUUCAAACUCAGUGUGUCUUUGCUUGACAUCAUGGGAAAAUCAAAAUAAAUCAGCCAAGACCUCAGAAAAGACAUUGUAGACCUCCACAAGUCUGGUUCAUCCUUGGGAGCAAUUUCCAAACGCCUGAAUGUACCACAUUCAUCUGUACAAACAAUAGUACGCAAGUAUAAACACCAUGGGACCACACAGCUGUCAUACCGCUCAGGAAGGAGACGCAUUCUGUCUCCUAGAGAUGAACGCACUUUGGUGCGAAAAGUGCAAAUCAAUCCCAGAACAACAGCAAAGGACCUUGUGAAAGAUGCUGCAGGAAACAGGUACAAAAGUAUCUAUAUCCACAGUAAAACAAGUCCUAUAUCGACAUAACCUGAAAGGCCGCUCAGCAAGGAAGAAGCCACUGCUCCAAAACCGCCAUUAAAAAGCCAGACUACGGUUUGCAACUGCACAUGGGGACAAAGAUUGUACUCUUUGGAGAAAUGUCCUCUGGUCUGAUGAAACAAAAACAGAACUGUUUGGCCAUAAUGACCAUCGUUAUGUUUGGAGGAAAAAGGGGGACGCUUGAAAGCCGAAGAACACCAUCCCAACCGUGAAGCACGGGGUGGCAGCAUCAUGCUGUGGGGGUGCUUUGCUGCAGGAGGGACUGGUGCACUUUGCUGCAGGAGGGACUGGCAUCGUGAGGAAGGAAAAUUAUGUGGAUAUAUUGAAGCAACAUCAACAAUAAAUAAUUCUCUCUACUAUUAUUCUGACAUUUCACAUUCUUAAAAUAAAGUGGUGAUCCUAACUGACCUAAGACAGGGAAUAUUUACUAGGAUUAAAUGUCAGGAAUUGUGAAAAACUGGGUUUAAAUGUAUUUGGCUAAGGUGUAUGUAAACUUCCGACUUCAACUGUAAACACAAACUCACUUCCUUGACAACCUUCUUCACAACAGCUCUACUCUGCGAAGUGCAAUAAUUAUGAAUGCCCUGACUUCUGCAGAUGCCGUAUCCCCGUAACUGCUGUACGGCCAAUGCAGACAUCGGAUUGAUCAUACAGCGCCUUUUGAUAGGGAGUUGAUAGGGAGAUUCUCAAUAGGGAAAAAGUUUAUCCUCUCCUCGACUGCUCCGUCCUCCUCUCCUCCGUGACCCAGAAACCGAUAAGUGGUCGCCAUAUGUGUCACGGUUUCGGCCGAGGCUGCUCCUUCUCCUUGUUCGGGCAGGCUUCGGCGGUCGUCAUCCCCGGAGUACUAGCUGCCAUCGUUCGAUGUUUCAUGUUUGUUUGGUUUUGUCUGUUUGUACACCUGUCCCUUGUUAGUGUUUGAUUUUGUUUCCUAUUUAGUUAUCGUGUGUUGGGUCAGGUGUUAUGUGUGAUUGUUUUUUGUCAAGCUGUUGCUCUCUGUAUUUACUCUCGUGUUUUGUUGUUUUUCGAGAGUCCGCACUGUGUGCGCUAUCGUCGUUUUACGCACUGUGUUUAUUGUGCGUAAUUUGUAUUUUGCCUCCCGGUUGGGUUGGCUGUUCGCCUGUUUGGUGCUGCUUUCGUUUACUAAAGUCUGUUCACAAACACCCGUGUUUCCUGCGCUUGAUUUCCACACCGCAUCUACACUCAGCUACUGACAAUAAAUAUCAAAUCAAAGUUUAUUCGUCAUAUGCACAGGAUACAGCAGGUGUAAACGGUACAAUUAAAUGCUUUUGCAGGAGAGUGUGAUUUUGUUAAUAGGUGAACGAAGCAAUUUGCUCCUCUCCUCGAUUGCCUUCUACACGGCGAAGGAUACUCAGGUGUAACCUAACUCAGGUGUUACCUACCGCGGGAGCAAGCAUAAAUUGGCUUUCAGGGUUAGUGUUAAGGUUGAGGCUAAGGUUAGGGCUAGGGUUAGAGUUAGUGUUGAGCUGUGAUAUGGCCAUUAAUCUAAGGUUGGAGUUAGGAUUAGUGGAUAGUUAUUUGAAUAUUUUGUUGACAAUUGAACAUCUAUAAAGCAUCUAUUGGGGACUAUUCAAAUAACGUGUUAUCCAAAUCAGUGUUUAUUUCCAUCCCAGUUUGAAGUAACAGCAUGCAUGUGGACAGAUUCAAACUCCUACUGUCACUCUGUAGUUAAAGUCUAAAGAAGCUGUCCCUAGAUAGAUAUCCCUUCAGAUGGUUACCAAGCAACACAGACAGAUGAUGUUCUGUUCUGACAGAAGUAGAGAAAAUGGAGGGCAGAUCUUAACCUGCUGUCCUCCUCUUCUCCUACCACUACUCCUACUCAGCUAUUCUCUUUAAAGACGCUAAAUGAGACCGGAAGACCAUUGGUUUUUUUAUUGCAGUGCGACAACCUGAAGCUGGGUAUAAACACAUUCAUCUAUUACAUCCCCGACGUCUAUGCAGGACCACAAGUCUCAGCCAAUAUAAUCCUACAAAAUAAA